GCUGCUAGAGCCGCCGCCGCGCCCGGCCAGCUUUCUUUCAAGAUGUCUACAGUCCAUGAAAUUCUAAGCAAGCUCAGCCUUGAAGGAGAUCAUUCUCUCCCUCCAAGUGCAUAUGCCACAGUUAAGGCCUAUUCAAACUUCGAUGCUGACCGGGAUGCUGCGGCCUUGGAAACGGCCAUCAAGACCAAAGGUGUGGAUGAGGUCACCAUCAUCAACAUCCUAACAAAUCGCAGCAGUGAACAGAGGCAGGAUAUUGCUUUUGCCUACCAGAGAAGAACCAAAAAGGAACUUUCAGCAGCACUCAAAUCUGCUCUGUCAGGUCAUUUGGAGGCAGUGAUCUUGGGCCUGCUGAAGACACCAGCGCAGUAUGAUGCCUCUGAAUUGAAAGCUGCCAUGAAGGGUCUGGGAACUGAUGAAGACACACUCAUUGAAAUCAUCUGCUCACGGACAAAUCAGGAGCUUUAUGAAAUCAACAGAGUCUACAGGGAAAUGUAUAAGACAGAACUGGAAAAGGACAUUAUAUCAGACACAUCUGGCGACUUCCGCAAGCUAAUGGUUGCCUUGGCCAAGGGCAAAAGGUGUGAAGAUACUUCUGUGAUUGAUUACGAGCUGAUUGACCUAGAUGCUAGGGAACUGUAUGAUGCUGGUGUGAAGAGAAAGGGAACUGAUGUGCCAAAAUGGAUCAACAUUAUGACUGAAAGAAGUGUUCCCCACCUCCAAAAAGUGUUUGAGAGGUACAAGAACUACAGCCCAUAUGAUAUGCUGGAGAGCAUCAAGAAGGAAGUUAAGGGAGACUUGGAAAAUGCCUUCCUGAAUCUGGUCCAGUGCAUUCAGAACAAGCAGCUGUAUUUUGCAGACAGGCUGUAUGACUCUAUGAAGGGCAAGGGAACCCGGGACAAGGUUCUGAUCAGGAUUAUGGUCUCCCGCUGUGAGAUCGACAUGCUGAAAAUUAAGAGUGAAUUCAAGAGGAAAUAUGGAAAAUCCCUCUAUUAUUUCAUUCAGCAAGACACGAAAGGUGAUUACCAGAGGGCACUGCUGAACCUGUGUGGUGGAGAGGACUGAAAACUGUGAUGGAGGAAAUCCAAAUCCAGAGACAUGCUUUUGCUCUUCAUUUUACUGUAUUCCUAGAAAGAAAUUGGCUUGCCUAGCUAACUUGACUUGCCUUUAUAUUUGCAAGACCACUGAUAUUGUAUGCUUUCUGGUGCUGUUUGUACUUCUCGUAGUAGCAGUGCUCUGCUUGGCUUUACCAAAGUCCCUAACAGCAUGAAGCCAGAGCAAUUUACAUUCCAAAGAUACAAGAGGUUCAAGGCGUUUGUGAAAGACUCAGCCUCUUUGUGUAACGUUUCUAAU